UCCAUAGAUACAUUAGGUUUAUUGUCUCAGUCAUUGCUGAUAGCCCCGGGAAACGGAGAACAAUGUUCAGAAAAAUAUUCUACUCAUUCUGGGUGAUGAACUACACUUGGUUAGGGAUAGUGCUGGCACCAGUUACUGGGCAGUCAACUGUUGGUGAUGGACAGCAAGAAUCAAAUUCCCUUCAGAAGUAUUUAGUAGCUGCUCUUGUCUUACUGGUUAUAGUUUUGUUAGCGUGUGCUGCGGCAAUCUUUGGAGUAUCCCUCAUCUACUUUAAACUCCUUCAGAUCAGAAAAAUGUUGUCAGAAAAAGAUGACGAGACAUACGCACAGAUUGGCGCAAACCUGGCUCACAUUACACAAAUGAGAAAAGAUCAGGACUUGAUCAAUAUGAAUGGGAAUGUGAAAGGGAACAAUUGCAUUGGCCAAGUGGAAAUUGGUAAAGAACAUGAUACAGAAGGGAGGUCGACCAAGUCUUCCUACCUCAAGCUCCCUGAUGGAACCACUUCAGCUAAGUCUCCUGACAAAGCAAUGCUUGACAUGGAUUCAUCGAAAGAUUCCAGUGUAAAUGGGGUCAGAGAUGACAGUCGGUUAGCAGUCAAUAUCCCAAAAUAUGCCUCCCCACCUUCUUACAGCAACGCUAUCAGGAACGGUUCACGAAAUACUGUGACACAAGUGGAAAAACCAAAGGGGAACCAUGAAAGUGUAACUCAGAGAGAGUCGAAUAAUUCCCAGAGCAAUGUGCUUCAGCAGUCGACGGGAUUGAGAACGUUCAGCCCGACUUCAAACAGUGGCUGUGCCGUUGCUCAAACCAUUCAAAAACCUGCAAAAAAGCCUAAGCCUGAAACAGGACAUUUGGCGACAAACCCCCCAGAGGGAUCUUCUCCUGAUUCCAGCAUUUACGCAAUUUAUGAUGUGCCUCGGCCUUGCCUAUGCUCCUCAAUGUGCCGUGGUGUCGUCUGGCACACAUCAACUUUUCAACGCAAUACUCUAAAGCGCUCCCUAAGUGAAAUAGGUCCCACAGCCUUUGAACUACCACUUGAAAUGCUUCAGGAUAACAAGUACGCUGUGCCCAGACCAGUGACCUUCCCAAGCAAUGUGAAUUAUGAAACUGAUUUUAAGAAUCUGGAGAAGUGUUCAUCCAAGGAUUCUGGUGUCCUGUCGUAUGUGGAUUCCCAGUUGCUAGAUUUGAUCCCUGAGGGAAAUGAACCUCAUCUUGAAACCAAAAGUAAUCUGGAAAACAAACAAAGACAAGCAGCUGACAAGGAAUCGCCCGGAGACACGAGUUUAUUUAUUUAAUAAAACUGUAAAAUUAGGAGCCCACAAAAAAACAUAAAAUGAGUGGCGUGCCUUUAAAAUUUGAAAGAAGAAAUUAGCCUGUGCACUUUCUUAAGAUACAAAUGAUACCACGUGUUGAACUUAAGUUGUUCAUCUAAUUUAUUGUUGGCAAUAAGUUCAGCCAACCAGUGUUCAUUAAAUGAAAGCAUGCUAAUUUACCAACUUUUAAGAGCUCUAUAAACCAUGCAUCUGCAGCAAAUACCAUCUUGCUUCAGUUUACAAGAUUGAAUGACACAUGACUGAGAGACAAAUUGUUAAAUCAAUGGAAGUAUUUAUGAAAAGACAAGAGUCUUGAACACUCAAACAGCAAAGAAUUUCCUUUAGAACAAAACAAAGACUCCGCAUAUUUCUAUUAUGGCAUUAAUCAUGCAUAAAAAUUGAUUAUACAUCAUUGAUCCAAAGAUUAUGUUACAAGGCAUUUCGUGACAUUGUGAUGUCCGGUUCUAAACAUCACCUUCAGGAAGGAUACUAAAGCCAUGACAAAGAAACAAAUUACAGGAACAAAAAUUGGGAGUUUCAGUUCUCCAAGGAGACAAAAGAGGUUGAAGUCGUUCGACCUAGAACAGAAAAUGUUAAUGGAAAAUUCAUAAAGUUCAAAAUGAUGAUGGAUUCUGAUAGAGUAGAUAGGUGGAAACUGCCCCCACUGGCAGGAGGUGUACAAGGGAUUUAGGAUUAUUAAGAAAAUAAUCAGUGGGGAGAACCUCUUUUCACACAGCAAGGUGGUGAGGGACGUACUGCCUGGAGAAGGGGUUGGAACACCAGUACCAGACCUGCAGGCUUCAUAUCUGCAGCCUUCCACUCACCUCAGACAGCAAGUGGUAGCUGCAAAGGUGCUCAGAGGGACAUUAUUUUGGGUGAGUAGGAAUCUACCACAGGGAAAUCAAAUUACAGUCCUGGCACCCAGCUAAGUCACAUAGGACAGUCUUAUGAUCUGAGAAUGGUUGGUCCAGGACAGGGACAUCUAAACUUUCUUGGAGGUCCCAAGGACCUUUCUCCUCCUGCUGCGAGUUUCACUUGGUAAGAAAGCUACAAUGCCUUCUCCACCAGUCACCAGUUAAGGUCGAAGUCAAGGAUCACCGGGCCCUGAUUUUCAUAUUUAAAGAAGGUCUGGAAUGACUUGUACGCAUCCUUGCCACAUGUUGAUAAAAACAGGCUACACCAAAAGGCAGUGGGAAUGAAGAGGGCUUUGACCAGUCAACGAAACUGUCAAUGUUAAUUGCUUGAUCUCAACACACCCCUUCCUACUGGUCUUUCUACCAAAGUUUAAAUUGUUCUAGCCGAGUUCAUUAAACAAUUGGUAUCUAAAUAUAUUUCCUGUAGAUUAUGCACAGUAUAGACAUAGGUAUCCUGAAUACUUACCUUCGUAUCUUUGUACAUCAUUCAUCCCUAAAAGUCUCCAAGUCAUCUGAUGAAGAGCUCAUUAUCAUUUCCAAAACUGAUGAAAAAAUGGUUCAAAUGAAAACUGAAGGACGUCUGCUAGCAAAGUUGGAGGAAGGGGUAUUUAAAAAAAAGACAUCCUGCUCCCAGUUCGACACAUAUAUGUUUUUCAAUUGUUUCUCUAUGUACAUCCC